AUGGAGACAUGGAAAGGAACAGCAGAGAGGAUCUUCUAUGCCAGCACAGCAACACCUUCGUAUUCAAUACAGAUGAUACCAGCACAACAACAGGAGCACCAGCAGACGACCAAGCUACUACCACCUCCAACCAAGCGCCAGGACGAAGCACAUGUCAGCACGAGUGGAAGCAAGGAACCACUCACAGGCACCAACACAGGAUCAUAUGAAAUAUUCAGUAGGUUAGAAGAAAUGUUGAAACAAGUACUCGACGAAACAAAACAGAUACCGGGAAUAAAGACCAGGGCUGGACACCAAUGCAGCGAACAAGAAGAGGAAUUAGAUGAAAACAUGAAGAACUCAGUGGUGCAACAAACAACGGCCCUGAUUGAUUCUCUCGAACAACUUAGAAAAUUUCAGGACAUUGUUUGCAAAGUGAGCUUACCAGAAGAGACGACGCUGAAGUUGCAGGAUGGAGCACACGCAGGAGCCACAGCUGCACUUGUACAUGGCAACCACAUGAAAGAAGUCGUAGCCACAGCAGAACCAGGAGGGAGGAGAAAAAGGAAGAAGGAAGAACAAGACCAACAAAACAAACAUGAAAGGAAGAAAAGAAUAACAAAAUCAAGAACACAGACCUCGAGAAUUAGCCAGAGGGAGACAAAAGAACAUAACAAGGUGCAAAAAGAGCAAAGCAAGGAGCACGUAUCAACCAAUACAGCAAGUGCCGAAGGACAGCAAGAACAAGGUAGAAAAGUAGCUGCAGAAGUAGAGAAUCAAGAUGAGAAACAGGGACACGGCAAGAGAAUGCCACCGAAACAUAAAGGCCAACAGCAGCAUGUCGUCAAGAACACCGAGCAAGAGGAUGGAAGCAAUAGAACAAGCAACCCGACAACAGAUGAUGCUCCCUCAAGAGCGUCAACAGGAGCAGUACAAGAGACGAACAUGAUCGGAGGCAGCAAAGACGUAUUACAAGCACAGCAAAGAGAAGAGGAUGCCCAUGCAAAACAGAAAGUUGAUAUAGAAGAGCUUUUCAGCACAAGAGCAUUUCAGAUGACCGAUACAGGGGAGAAAGCCUCAGACACUGCACCUAGUGACACACCCAAGGCUGGUAUACAAAGCAAAGACAAAGUGGACGCACAAACGGAUAUCCCAACCAUCGGCGCAAAGAUGCAAGAAACAGAGGAGAGCACCAAUAUUCAAGACCAACAAACACAACAACACAAGGGAAUGGAACAAGCAGAAGAUGUUCUUCCAACAACGGACAGCGUAACCGCCGUAGACCAAGCCAGAAAACCUUCGCUGUCCGAGCAAGAAAUAACAGGGAUGCCAAUGUCGACGCAAAAGAUUGAAAAGCCACUAGACAAAAACGACGACACCACGGAUGAACAAAACGAAAAAGAUCCAGAGGAGCUAAAAAAACCUCCACUCACUGAAGAAAAGCUCGAAGAGGCAGCACCUGCGGAAACGACUGAAAAGAAACAUUGUGUUGUAAAAGAUGUUGCCGCCACAAACACGAUGGUAAGCCAGGACGGCACUCAAACAGAAUGUGAACCAUUGAUCAUACAAAACCUGGCCAUCGAAGAAGGCACAAAAGAUGAAGGGAUCGAACGCCUGUACAACAACGUCAUGACAGCGAAUAAGGACAAAGGGCACGAGAUUUUUAUAAAUACAGAGACGUCAACAGUAACGGUCAGCCUCAUGGUAGAAAGCUUCGAGACUGGAAAGGCAGUGCGCAGCGAAACCAUGUCAGUCAUGCUACAGAUGUUGAAAAAGCAAUUCAGGGGCACAAAGAGAAAGAUUCUAUCAACAUACAACACCGCAUCAAUACGCAUGGCCAACCACGAAGACCCAUUGGAGUUCAAAAAUAAAGACGAAGCACACGUCAGAGACAAGACAAUGCCUAAAAGGCUUAAAAGAUUCCUUGAUCUAGAAGAAGGAGAGCAACUACAAGAUUUCGACAUAGUCGAUAUCCAAGACAGUGAAAUGCAACGAGUACAUUGUGACAUAAUUCAAGAAGAGAUUCCUCCAACUCCCGAGCACACUGGGACGAGCGCUCAAGAGAUAGAAGUUAUUGACAUUAAAGACACAAGCAGCGAUGAGGAGAAACAAGAUUAUCAUGUGAGCAGCAAGGAUACCACCAAGGCGUCUGAAGAAGCACUCACGGAAGAACAAGCCCAGACAGAUGAUGGUUUACAGAGGGAACAGCACGCGCAGCCAGACACUGAUUUACAAAAGGAAGACGAAUGGAAAGAUCCACCGAUAGAACGAGACAGACCACCCCCAGAUAAAAAGAUAGAAGACAUAACAGGCUCUCCUUUAGAAGGUGAUAACAGGACAAAGAGCGUACCAACUCGCCAACAAGAGCUUUCCAAACAGAACAAGAACCCUGUUGAUGAAGAUCGCAAACCAGGAACAUCACCCGAGGUGAAACAUGCACAAGAAGAAAGAAAGCAGAAAGAGAAGGAUUUAACAGAAAAGAUACUUGAACAGAGGAAACGCGAUGCUGCUGUCUCAGUAGAACCGAGCAUCAAAAACAACAGCACACAAAAGGAAACACCAACACCUAGGUAG